UAGAAGAUAUUUUACACACACAGCCCAAUAAAAACCCAAAUCCAAAAACUGGAGUAUCCAAAAAAAACACGGCUGUUUCAUUCAUCUCCUCACACAACAACUUAACCCUCACUAGCCCACGUGUUUACUUUCUCAACCAUUCCCUUAUCUCCCAAAAUUGUAUUUACUUCAAAAAUAAACCGAACCGUAUCAAAUUAAAACAAGACCACACUUUUGUCUGAACACAAAAAAAAAAAAAACUUUUAUUUUUUCCUCGAGACGUCUCUCUUCUUCAAUUUCUUCACGAUUCUACUUUUGCGUUAUCCCCAAAAUUGGCAACCAAAACCAAACCUCUCUCUCUUAUUGAAACCAACAAUGAGUCCGAUCGUCAUAACCCAGUUAGCUACAGGAAUCAGCGUUUUAGCCGGUGCGGUCUUUAUCAAAUCAGUCAUGGACCAAAAGCCUAUGGCUGGUCAAUUCCCUCGUUGUCCGACUUGUAACGGUACUGGACGAGUCACGUGUUUCUGUUCUCGAUGGUCCGAUGGUGACGUUGGAUGUCGUAGGUGUUCUGGUUCAGGUCGUGCGGCUUGUAGCAAUUGUGGUGGUUCUGGAACUGGUAGACCUUUACCGGCUCAGAUUACGGUUCAGCCACCGAAUCGUCCUUAUUGAUGAUUCUCAAGAAAUUUGUAUACUUUGUAAACGAUUCUUCUCUCUUGAACUCUCUCACUCUCUGUCUUGUAAGUUGAUUAUAUAUAUAUACACAUAGAUGAGAAACAGAUUUGAUAGCUUCUGUGAUAUUUUUUCUUGUGUUGGGUUGUUUUGUUACUGUUCAUAGUCAAAAUAUUCGAAUUUGUCAUUAUUGGUGGCUCAAAUCUUUAGUAUUAACUAUUAAGAAUUAAGAUGAUGGGUUUGAUCCAAUGAUACGAAAAGUUAGCUUCUUCUUGUAUAUUGUUGUAAAUGGACUUUGUUGGAUGUGUUUGGUUCA